AUGCUUGGACAAGAAGGAGGAGAGGCUGGUAAAGAAAGAACUACAGAGAUGAAUGAAAGAGAAGGUGCUAAGGAGGAGAGAGAAGGGCUUUCUUUGGAGGAAAUCUCAAAGUACAGAGCGACUGCUCAGCAGAAUUCCAUGGAAGCCAUUAGGGCUGCGGAAGAGAAGUACGCAAAGAAUAAAGAAUCAAGCGAGUCGGCGUUGCGAAACGAAAAGGAAUCUGAAGGUCGUAGCCUUGGUGCUGGAACCGGUCGUGGUGCCGAGAAGGGGAACAGCACCCCGCAGCACUGUAGAGGAUCCUCGCCCAAAAAUCUUUAUGAAUUGCAAUAUGAAUUGGCUGUGUAA